AGCCCGGUAACCGAACAACUUGUUGAGAGAGAACGGAGACGCCACGCCUCGCACGAGGGACGCGUCGCGAGCCGUACCACCACCACCAACCCCGCCCCCUUCCCGUUCCCCUCCUCCGGCCACCACCCCCCAUGGCGGGUUUCACCGACGAGCUCUUCCUCGACAUCGACGAGGACGGGCCCGGCGUGCUCGGCUCGGCGUCCUACUUCUCCAUCUCCGAGACCUUCGAGGAGGAGCCCCAGUACACCCACUCCACCGUCUCCCCCGAUUUCGACAUGGAAACCCUAACCCCCUCCCCCGUCCAUGGCUCCCCCUUCUCCUUCGAGUCCGACCACGACCUCCGCGGCCUCUCGCCGCCCCGCUCCCAGCCCUUCUGGGACUGCCUCGAGGACGAACUCGCCGACGAGAUGGACGCCUUGGAAUGGGAGCAGAUCAUCGACGCCGCCGCCUCGGCCACCGACGCCGCUCCCGGCGGCGGGGGUGCCGGUGGAACUGGUACGGGAGGAGUGCCAGGGGGACGAAUCGGAGCCGAUGCCGAUGCCGACGUGUUCGGCUUCAUCAGCGAGCGGGACAUCCUGGGCGUGAUGGAUGGUAUCGACAGUGGGGACGAGUCCAUCUUCUCUGACGAGUCCCCGUUCGAUUUUGGUGACGAUGGCCCGGAGCUCGACAACGUUUUCCAGAGCGUGGGGUGGGAGGUGCUCCCGGUGCCGCUGGAUGAGGACUUCGAGGUGCUGCCAGGGCAUAUGGUGGAUGUGGCGGCAGGGGGCGCGCCACCUGCGGCACGUGCAGCAGUGGAGCGGCUCCAGGUGGUGGCCAUCAGAGGGGAGGAUGCGAAGCAGGGGUGUGCUGUGUGCAAGGAAGGGAUCACACGCGGCGAGUUUGUCACACGUCUGCCGUGUGCACACUUCUACCACGGGCCAUGCAUUGGCCCAUGGCUCGCCAUUCGUAACUCAUGCCCUGUGUGUCGUUAUGAGCUGCCCACUGAUGACCCCGAGUAUGAGCAGCGGCGGGUGAGGCGGCGUUCUGCUGGAGGCUCCACGCCGCAAUUGGGUACACCGAUGCAGAUUUGAGCUCUGAGUGUCUUGGUGGUAGAUGCCAUUUCUAUGUGGUCAGGCUACUUAUGUGGGCCUCUCUGCUGCACUGUAAGUAUGCUGGGCUUUUUAAUUUGGACGCAGUGCCAGUUUCAGGCAAGCAGUACCCAGUAGAUGAUUGUGCUGGAAGUCAAGGUGGCCUUUUAGAAACGGCGAUUUAUUUGUUGAUUCUUAUUUACUCAUAUAUGUUCAGUAACAGAUAUGAUUGUGCGGGAAGUCAAGGUGGCUCUUUAGAAAUGGCAAUUUAUUUGUUAAUUCUCAUUUACUCAUAUGUAUGUUUAGUACUCCAUCCCAAAUUAAAUGCCGUGCUAUUAGGUUUUAGAAGUUUUCCCAAAUUAAGUGUCGCACUUGCGCUGGCUAAAACGGCGCAUUGGUUUUCACGUACACAACCGAUAUGAUUGCACGGGCAGAGAAAGGCUGGAUAAAAUUAUUGACAUAAUUUAUGGAAAAGAAGCGUUUUCAGCCACGUAUUUACUCCUACUUUCCAGUGUUUUAACUGCUCCUUGGUAUUAGAGAUUUUUCCAAAACGACAUUUAAAUUGGGAUGGAGGGAGUAGCAGAUAAACCACAUCCGGUAUCUGUUAUGUGUGAGGAGCAAAGUACGGGGAGAUCUAUUCCGUAGGAGCUCUAACUUUUAUUAAAACAUGCGAUGCAGCUUACUGAAAAGAUGAAAUUGAAAUGCUACUCCUUUACUCGGUUAUUUGCUCCUGCUAUUUUCUUCAGACUAAUCGCAUUGGACCAUGGUUUGUUCCCUCUGUAAAACUGAAGCCAAAAUUGACCUGGCCAAUCACAGUGAACAUCCAAAGUUAUUCGCAAGAUGUAAAUACAUACUCUACUGAAUGCUUCCCAUGAGUUAUUUGAUUCUCUGUCUGUUUCUAAAUUUUGCACUUGCCUUGCUCUUUUCAUUUCACCUUGUUCAUAAGCUCUUGGCAAGCUGAAUCUGCGGGCUUGAAGUGCUAAGCUUAUGACAUUGCACAAGUGUGUGUUAUCUCUGGGAAGAUACCCUAUGAGUAUCUUGUACAUUUGUGAUGCCUCAAGUCCGAUCCAACAUGUGUCGUAGUGAAGAAGAAAUGCAAAUUUCACUUGCCUUUUGUCAGCCUGGCAUGCGUCGCGACUUCUUUUGAUAUUUCCAGUGUCUGCCAGUUUUGGAAAUGAUUUGCAUGCCAUGUUUUAGUAUUUGGUCUCCAGGCGACAUAAUACAUCAUGGCUGCACCGAGAUUCUGAGGAAUGUACGUUGUUUUUAAUGCUAUUUCAAAUUAGAAUUGUCUCUUUUUGUUUGUUUGUUUCUUUGUUUCUUUGUUUCUUCAUGCAUAGAUCCAAUUUUGUUGUGUAUGUGUUUACAAAGUUUCAGAUUUUUUUUCUUGACCUGUGCAUACAAAGACUUUGCCGAUGGCCACUUUGUGGUUAGCCAAAGUCUCAAUCCAGCAUAGCUGGCUGUUUACAAUGCGGAGAACUGGAGCAGCCAUUGUUGUUCUCUAGUGCUGCUGCUCCAGAAAACUGAUGGCACUUGACAGCACCAAUUCCAUUUCUUCGAGAACAGAAGAGGCGAAGCGCAUCAUCACUUCUGAUGCAACAUUUCAUUAUGGCGCAGUCCACUAUUUCUGUUGACUUGGGUUUGCUGCUCCUGAUGGUGCAACUAACUAGUCUGGUAAGUUUGCUGCUGGUCGCCGGUGCUCUCGACGACACCAGCUCGCGAUGAGUGACUGUCACAAACUGCUAUUCUUAUUGUAAAACUAAAGCAAAAAAAUUUGACCUGGCCAAUCACUGUGAACAUCAAAAGUUAUUCGCAAGAUGGAAA